UUUGUGGUCAUUUAUUUCUUUAUUACAGGAAAAUCCGCUGCUUAAUGUACAUACUUUAAUCUUUUUAAUCCUCUCCUGUGGCCAAAAAAUUGUUAAGAGGACACUUAAACCACCUUACGAAUUUGGCACGUUAUACAAGAACAAGAAUCUGUAUUACACUAUUCCUUAAUACCUGCUUAAUAUUGGGGGUCCAGUGUGGCAUUUUAUAGUGUGUGAAUUACUAUAGACAAACGUGUACAUAUAUUUUCAUACAUAUAUCGACGAAAAAUGUAAUUGAUUCGCAUACUAAAAGUGUUUGAUUGACAUUUCAUUUACAUAUUUUUUAUUAAUUUGUAUGAAAUAACUUCCAAGUGUUUUACACUACUUAUUACCAGAAGGGUAAUAAAUAAACAUCUUUACAACGGGCUGCAGGUUUGCAGCAGUGAUUGUUGAAUAAUGCCAGACUUUCAUUUAAGCAGUGACCUUGUGUUUCUUCUAGUUAUUGUCUUUGUGUGCAUUUCCGUGUGUUCAACGUCUACCGCAGUGCAGGCUCAAAUCGUGUUCCAAAAUGAGGAUGAGCACUUGUCCUAUUCCGAUGGGGACUCGAGUAGUAGCCCCAAAACCGGGGACAAAAAUGGGAACGAAGAUAACGCAGAUUUUUUACAGCAGGAGGAUUACUACGACGAACUGUUUUACGGCCAUCAAGUGAGAGACCCAGAGAAGCACAAGAGACAACAAGGCUGUUUAUGCAUAAGUCACCUUAAGGAUCCGCAUUGCGGUAGUGACAAUAAAAAUUAUGAUAAUGGCUGCUACUUUGAGUGUGCUCAGAAACGGAAUCCACGUUUAUAUCUCCGGAAGUGGGGAUCUUGUAUUUAAUCCUACUGCUAAAUAUUUCUCUUGGAAGAAUAUGCCAAAUGUUAAAUAAAAUCGUGUAAUUACGUGAAAAAAUGAAAUACCUAUAUUCUGUAGAACGUGCCUUUUUCCUGUAUAAUCUCGUAGAUUUAUGUAGUGUUACCUGAGAAAGUGGGUUUAUGAUGCAUGCAGAAUGUAGGUCAGGGUUGGCCAAGUUCAACUGGACAUAAGACACGAAAGGUUUACGAAUAUUGUGAGAAAAGUCCUUGGCCAAGAUCUUCACUUGAGAUCGGUUUCUCUGACCCAUAUUAAAUACAGAAUGAGAUCUGCAUGCAUUACGGGUCUCACAAUCCCUUCAACAAGAGAAAACAAUGUAGAAAUAAUAUCAUAAAGUGGACAAGUCGUUGUUGUACCCUUCAGUCUCUGUUGUACCCUUCAAAAAGAUGUGACAAAUAACCAUAUCGUUCCAUUCAUCACAAAACGUUUGACAAGGUUACUUUACUACCGGUGUCACUUGACUUUCCAAACUUCACAAUGCAUCAGUCACAUCUUUCAAAAUUUUGUAUUUUAAUUUGCCUCGUCGUCCCGUCAAUUUACAGCAUUCCAAUUUGGAACAUAUUUGGUGGCAAUCAAAAUCGUGGUCCACGGCCGGAAGAAGGUGAAUGUUCCCAUUGGGACCGGAACAACUUAUACUUUUCGAGUUACGAUUCCGACGACUUGAUCGGGUUUCACCGCACCUUCCCACAAGGCAGCUUUGUCACGGUGCGUAACGACGUCACCAACAAAUCUGUCGUCGUUCGGAUCGUUGGUGAAGGUCCAUUGGCCGAUGGAAGGGUUAUGGAACUGAGUCCGGCGGCAUUUAGUCAGGUCUCAAGGUUAUCAGAAAUCGUGUUUGACUGCAAAGUUUACCCACCCGUGGGGAGCAGCACCGGUUCAGGAGGAGGAAGAUAUCCUUCCGAGACAGGGUCAAACCGGUAUCCGAGUGGUGGUCAAGGUGGAUACGUGGGAACCGGAAGCAGUGGAUAUGGAACAGGAACUGGAAGCUACACCGGAAAUCGUUACCCGAAUGCGGGUAAUUACGGUUAUGGAUCAUCUGCAAACAGUGGUGGAAGUCUUGGCGCGGGUUAUGCCGCUAUCGAUUCUGGAUCUGCUGGAGGAACUUUAAAUCAAAACUUUGGACCACCACCAAUUCUCAGUGGACAAAAUUCUGGCUACUAAUUCAAAAUAUAAUUAUGCAUGUACUGGCUGAUUAACAAUUUAUUCCAUUGUCAUCUUUAGUUAUGUAGGUGCAUUGCAUCUUAUAUUCAAUAAAUUUCUGCCAGUACAAAUUUAUUAAGCAAACCAUGAAAAUAUUUAUGUACUAGUUGACGAACAAUGUGUCCCAAUUUUAUGAUAUGCAUUGCAUUUAAUGUUUAAUAAAUUUCUGAAAAUAAGCAAACCACGAAA